AUGUCUCGUGUUCUCUCGGAGAAAACUGAAAAUUUCACUAGUGACAAUGAUAAUACUAAAGAUUUUGUAACACGCGUUCUGAGUCCUCGUAUUGCUAUAGUGUCUUCUCAAGACGCUGAUACAGCAUGUCGAAAAAACAACUUUACAAAUUUUUUUGAAUUUAUCAGACCUUUUGGUGAAAGAUACGAAGGCAAAAUAACGGUCCGUGAUUCACAAGGGUUAUCCAAUACAAUUGAAGGAUUCACAUUUCGUUUCGCGGAUUUAGCGUGUUUGGAACAACCAGAUAAUCAAAUUAUUGCGAAAUUAUUGGCUGAUAAAGUCAAAUCAAACUGUGGUGAUCCUAAACAGCAAAAUGAGUUUCCACCUAUCUCAUCAAAAGCUGAUGUCACAGAAAAGUAUUUGACAGUAUCUCAAGAUGACAUAACGCCCUGGUACGCAGAAUAUCGUCGACUUUUCUUUCAAUUGACUGGUGUUUCUGAACACGAAACUUUUGAGCAUCCUGUAGCAUGUAUAAUUGUUGUGAGUUCACUAGACUCAGAUCCACUCAACCAAUUCGCCCAACUUUUUGAUGAUAAUAUGCCUGCUCCGAUAUAUGAGAAGGGAUUUAUGGACCCUAAUAUAUUAAAAUAUUAUGUACUUUUGCAUGAUAAUCAUAAAGCGAGUUUGGAGCAUUCUGAGGCGAUUUUUGACCAAAUGAAACGAAAAUUCGGGCUAAACUGUUAUUUACUUAAACUGAAUUCUAUCCCACUGCCCACCAUUCCGGACAACAAUGAUCCGUUUUCCCAACCUCCAACUUCACCCAUGAAGCCUAGCUCAAACCCAGACAUAUGGACCUCAUCUAUAAAAGAAACUAGCCUUCGAUCUCUAAUCAUGUCCGCCAAUUCUGUGAACACAGAAAAACACACCCGAUCUGAUUCACUUUCUUCUAUUCAAACAAACACACUACCAUUAUCACCUACCGCAUCGUCUCUUAAUUCACCAACUUCAUCUCUCAGUGAAGAUAUUUUAUUUCUCGCUAAAGAAAAAGAAGCCAACGCUUUAGAGUCACAGAACAUUACCGGGCUUGUGGGAAAUUUGCCAUCCCCUGUCGUAAUCUAUGGGCAAUAUUUGAGUGAAGAAGAUUUUGCGGGAAUUCAAUUUUUUAUUCGAGAGUUAAUCGAGCAAAGUUUGAUACAUUGGAUGGGGAGAAAUAUACUCUUGUGGAACGAACAAGUGGCUUCAUCACGCCGAGGCAUUACUGGCAGAUUGUUUAGUGCAAGUCGUCGUUAUUUCGGUACUGGUGGAAAAUCAGGCCAACUUCCUUCUACCCAGCAAUCAUCUAAUUCAACAGGUGGACCUCAAAACGCUAUUGCAAAUACAAUCUAUCCUCAUACUUCACCGGAAGCCCAAAUGAGAAAAUUGGCUGAUUAUGCAUUUAUGUUACGCGAUUAUCGGCUCGCUCAUUCUGUAUAUGAUACCAUAAAAAAAGAUUUCUCUGCCGAUAAAGCAUGGAAGCAUUACGCAGGAGCGCAAGAAAUGAUUGGACUCUGUUUGCUAAUGUCCACAUCCCUAAUUGGAAGUAAAACGGACGUCGAUCAUUAUUUCGAGCAAUCGGUCAAUGCGUUCUAUAAUCGUGUAAAAUCGCCUUUUUUCGCGACGAAAGCAACCAUUUUGUAUUAUGAAAUGUUAAAGCACCGAAAAAUGUAUAAAGAUGCCCCCAUUGCGUUGGUCAGAAUGAGCGGAGAGGAUUCCGAUCUUAGAAGUGCAUUAUUCCUCGAACAGGCCGCGCACGCGUUUUUACGUUAUCCGAGGCCGAUGGUUCGAAAAUAUGCGUUCCAUUUGGUGAUGGCUGGUCAUCGUUAUGGAAAAUGUAAUCAGCGGGAACACGCUUAUCGUUGCUAUCUCUCUGCUUCUCAUGUAUUUGAGAAUCGUUCGUGGUCAUUAGUUGAGGAUCAUAUUCAUUUUGCGCUUGGACGUCAAUCUUUUCAUAUGGGAGAUCUGGAUAAUUCGCUGCAUUUUUUCUUGAAACUAUUGCGCGCGAGUCGUCAACCAGCGUCACAACAAAGUGCUUAUUUAAAAGAAUUUUUGUAUAUUUACAAGCAUUAUACCAGUAAAACCGGCAAGGAACCUAUAUUCAAUCCGCCAGAUCUGCCUAUUCCCGUGAUUCUAGACGCAACUAUUCGCGUUGUAUUGUCAAAAGCACAAUCAAGCGAGUACGAUGAAAUCUGGCAAAAAAUGGAGCAAGAUUUUGUUGAUGAAAAGUAUAAAAAUGUUGACGCGUUUGGGAGAAACAGGCUGAAUUCUGCCGCUUUGACAAAAGAUGGUCAUCAGACUGUUUGUGCUGUUGCAGAAUCAUUUUAUGUACAAUUUGAUAUCUACAAUCCGAUGCAAAUUCCUAUAAAUAUCACCGAGCUUAUUCUAGAAUGUGAUUAUAUUCCUUCGACCAAAGAUUCCGUGAAUUCAAAUCCAAACGACGAAAAUACGGAAUCAACCGAUAAUGAUUCUGAAGCAUUCGAUUUAGAGACAAUACCUGAAAUAUCUCUCAAUUCGAUUGUUCGUAGCCGUAAAACAUUUGCAAAGCGAGGAAAGCGACUAAAUAACACCAAGCAACAAAUGAUGGACGUAGUCUAUGCAUCUGAUCGAUCUCUAGAGGUUUUGGUCACCUCGCCGAUGCCGUUGCUUGAAGUUGCUUUCCAUUCUUUCCCGGAAACCCUGUUGUCUGGCGAAGUUAUGCGAGUGGUGUUGGAGAUUAACAAUAAAGGACAAACGGGGUUGACGGAUUUACAAGUUAAAAUGAGUCAUCCCAGUUUUUUCUGUGUUGGUGAUGCUGAAAUGCUGGAGAAAACUGUAUAUGGAGAUAACCCGGAAUUUCCAAGUUCAGAAUCGUCCUUAGAAAAGCUGAAAAUCUCAAAUCAUCUAUUUAAUUCGAGUAUCAAUAGUAUACCAUUGCCUAUCGCAGAGGAUAACGCUCAUGAUUCUAAAUCUCUGCUAGCUCCGGGAAAGAUGACAUUGAUUCCGAUAUGGAUUCGGGGAGAUAGGAUAGGAAAACACAUGUUUCGCUUUUUCUUUACCUACCAAUCUGAGGAUCCCAAUGCUGCCAUGAAAUAUCGUAGUCUGAGAUAUUUCGUCACAACUCAUGUAUCGCCUUCUCUAAAGAUCAACGCGUUUACGCGUCCGAGUACUCGUGGGUUGAAUGAAUUUAUAUUGGGUAUCGAGACCGAGAAUCUGCAAACUACAGCAGAUUUCCAGCUAUUACAGCUUUCUUCGUCAAGUCCUUCUUGGUCCAUAUCGCCGAUUAACAUUAUAACGGGUGACGAUCAAAAUUCUAAAAUUUUAAUAGCACCUCGUCAGACUACAUUUACCUACUAUCGAAUAAGCAAAAGUCAAAUAGAAUCUCCAGCUGAUCAAUUAACACCUGAACAAUAUGCUUUGAAUGCUCUUGAGCGUAUAUUAAGCAGCAAGGAUGAGUCGAAGACCCCCGAGCCGCCCUCAAUGGAGCUUAUCGUCACAAAUUUACCUUUUACAAGCCGAGUAAUAAAAAGUUCAGCUAAACCACUCGAAAGAUUUUUCCUAAAUUCUCGAGUACAAUGGCGCCUCAACUCACUCAGCAACCAGUUUCCCGCGCUCACUCAAAAACAGCACGAAGAAAUAUUCACAUUAUACACCACCAACGACAUUGACCUCGUUAUCUACUGGAACAUACCAAGCUCGCAACGUCAAGGUCAUCAUUAUAUAAUUGGCAUCAAUCUAGGGGUGCAACAGAAUCCAUUUCAGGGCAAGGAAAUUUUAGCAUUUGCUGCUUCCGCGCCUAAUCGCGCUUUAUUUGAACAGACGGCAAGGGAACGAGCGAUACUUGUGAAUAGUUUAUUGAAGAAUAAACAUUUUAAGGAUGAGAGUCCCCUGAAGAUUUUGUUGAAAUGUGAAGAUAAGUACACGCAUAACUUCGUCUCUGAAAAUCUCUGUGUUCUUCCAAUUAAAAUAGUUUUAAAGAAUUGCUCAUGGAACAAACGUGUUUGCUUCAAUUUAGAAUUGCUGCCAUUUGAUGAAAAUCCUAAUUUACGAAGUACUACAGCACAUAAAUCAUUACACACAAAUAUUUUCCAUUGGACCGGUGAGACGUAUAAAUGCGGUUUGUUAUCUCCAAACGAUGAACUUGAAUUUGAGGUAAAGGCGUGUUUCACACAACCCGGUAUUUAUGACAUUAAUCGGUGGCGAUUAACCGUGAAUAUGAAUUACGAUUCCACCGUCAAUACGGCAACAACUACGGGAGAGACUGGAGAAGAAGAGGGAGCAAUGAUAUCUAAUGCUGCUGCUGCCGAUAGUGUUAAGGGUGGAUAUAUACAGAUGCCAAAUGCACCACAUCUUUUGACGUUAUUGAAUGCUUGA